AAAGAUCAUGUUCUUCAGCCUUGACCCACCUUGAAGCUACCCUUUCUUUCAUUUCAUUAGCCAAUUUUGUUUCCACGAUGAUAAUUCAUCUAUUUUCAUGGCUUUUCGUCACACCCAUUUGCUUAAUAUUACUCAGUGUGGAGCCUAAUGUCGCUUUAGGUCAAUGCCUUGGCGAACAGCAAUCUUUGUUGCUUCAACUGAAGAGCAACCUUGUAUUCAACGCCAAUAAAUCGACGAAGUUGGUCACAUGGAGCUCAAAUUCAGAUUGCAGUGCUUGGGAAGGUGUAAGUUUAGAUGGCGAGGGACGUGUCACUGGUCUUAGCUUGAGCAGUGAGUGGAUCUCUUAUGGAAUCCACAAUUCAAGCCUCUUCAAACUGCAACAUCUCAAGAGCCUGGAUGUAUCAUUGAACAAUUUCAACUCUACGAUCCCAGAUGAGAUUGGUAACCUCUCAGCUCUAAGUCAUCUAAAUUUGUCGAAUGCUGGCUUUGUUGGGCAAAUCCCGAUUACCAUAUCACACUUGACAAACUUGGUCACUCUUGAUAUCUCCACUAUAAUAUUAUUAAUGACUUCAACGUUGAAACUUGAGAACCCGGAUUUGGGGAUGCUGGUUCAGAACCUUUCCAAGCUCGAAGAACUAUAUCUUGAUGGUGUGAAUAUGUCUGCACCUGGGAGUGAGUGGUGCAAGGCCUUGUCCUCGUCUGUGCCUAAAUUGCGAGUCUUGAGCUUGACAAACUGUGAUCUUUCUGGCCCUCUUGAUGAAUCACUUGAGAAGCUUCACUCUUUGUCAGUAAUUAGCCUUAGUUAUAAUAAUUUGUCUACUAUAAUUCCGGCAUGGUUUGCUAAUUUCUCAAAUUUGACUUCCUUGACUAUCGACUAUUGUGAAUUGUAUGGAAAUUUUCCAAAACAAAUUUUCCAGGUACCAACACUACGAAAUAUUGAUGUAUCAUACAAUCCGUUACUUCAUGGUUUUUUGCCAGACUUUCCCCAGAAUAGUUCUCUUCAGAGACUGGUACUCAGUUCAAGUAAUUUUUCAGGGAGAUUACCAAAAUCUAUUGGUAACCUUUCGAACUUGUCCAGACUAGACUUUCACAGUUGCAAUUUCAUAGGAGCCCUUCCACAUUCAAUGGGAAAACUCAGCCAACUCGUGUACUUGGAUUUAUCUUUUAACAAAUUCGUUGGUCCAAUCCAAUUUCAUUGGGAAGGCCUUCUAAAGCUUAUUAAUGUGGACAUGACGAAUAAUUCUCUUGGCGGAACUAUUCCUAUUGCAUUGUUUGCACUUCCAUCAGUGCAGAGGAUUCUGCUUUCCUUCAACAAUUUUAGGGGUCAAGUUCCUGAGUUUCCAAUUCCUAGUUCCUCAAUGUUGGAAACUCUUGCUUUGAGCAACAACAAUUUAGAAGGGAAUCUCCCAAGGUCCAUCUUCGAACUCAGAAAACUUAGAACUCUGUUACUGUCAUUUAACAAAUUCAACGGCACCGUGCAAUUUGAUGUGAUUCAGCUGUUCAGAAAUAUUUCUUCACUUGACCUCUCAUACAACAACUUGUCAGUCAAAGCAAGGGGUAAAGGUUCUACAUUCCUUUCCUUUCCCGAACUGCACACAUUAAAGCUUGCUUCUUGUAAACUUUCCACAUUUCCUGAUCUGAAGAAUCAUUCAAGAAUAAGCCAUUUGGACCUUUCAGACAACCAACUUCAUGGGGAAAUACCUUAUUGGAUUUGGGAACUUGGCAAUGGGAAUCUUAUCCAUCUAAAUCUUUCCCACAAUCAUCUGAUGAGCCUGCAGGAACCAUAUUCUCCUCCUACUAGUCUCUCUGUCCUUGACCUACAUUCUAACCAGCUCCAAGGGAAGAUUCCCUCUCUACCACCAGCUUGUAGCUAUGUAGAUUUCUCUAGCAAUAACUUUACUUCCUCAAUUCCCGCAGACAUUGGUGACUAUCUUAACUUUACUAUAUUCUUCUCCGUUUCAAAUAACCAUCUUACAGGUAUUGUGCCAAAAUCCAUAUGUAAUGCAACCUAUCUUCAAGUGCUCGACCUGUCUUACAAUAAUUUGAGCAAAGAAAUACCUAAAUGUUUGUUUGUUAUGGUCAAGACUCUUGGGGUGCUGAAUGUUCGAAGUAACAACUUCAGAGGCUCAAUUCCCGAUGCCUUUCCAGUUGAUUGUUCUUUAGAGACCCUAGAUCUCAAUGGGAAUUCAAUCGAAGGGCAGAUUCCAAGCUCUCUAAUCUAUUGCACCAGAUUAGAGGUCUUGGACCUUGGGAACAAUGAUAUGAGUGGUAAUUUUCCAUGCUUGUUGAAGAACAUAUCCGCAUUAAGAGUUAUUGUACUGCGAUCCAACAAAUUUCAAGGGCACAUUGGAUGCCAAAAAAGCUCUAGAAUUUGGGAGAAUCUUCAAAUUGUUGACUUAGCACACAACAAUUUUAGCGGUGAUCUAUCUGGACAAUUUUUAAAAUUAAGGAAGGCAACGUUGGUGGACGAUGAUAAUCUCAAACACCUACAAUAUAAGUUUCUAGAAUUCAGUGCAUCAGGAUAUUAUCAAGAUACAGUGACAGUUACCUUCAAAGGUCUAGAGAUAAAUCUGCCGAAGAUCCUUACUCUCUUCACUUCUAUUGACCUUUCAUGCAAUCGUCUUGUUGGAUCAAUACCAGAGGAAGUGGGACAACUCCGAGCACUCUAUUUUCUCAACUUGUCCGGCAAUGCACUCACAGGCAGAAUCCCAUCAUCUAUUGGGAACAUGGAACACCUGGAGUCCUUGGACCUCUCAAAUAACAAACUCAACGGAUCAAUCCCAUCAACCUUUGCAAGCCUAAACUUCCUUUCAUUCUUGAACCUCUCAUACAAUGAUCUGACCGGACCAAUUCCAUCUGGUAAUCAAAUUCAAACAUUUCUACCAGAAUCCUUCAUUGGUAAUAAAGCACUGUGGGGAUGCCCUUUGACAGAUAAUUGCGGAAAGGGAGUGAUUUCACAAAACACAACAAAGAAGAAUGAUUCAAAACCUGAAAAUGAGAUUGAUUGGAAUCUCAUAAGUGCUGAAAUUGGAUUGGUUGUUGGCUUUGGAGCUGUGAUUGUACCAAUUGUGUUUUGCAAGAGAUGGAGGAAAAGAUAUUUUGAGCGCAUUGAUGACGUUGGUGUGAGGCUUUUUCCUCAGCUGUAUCAAACCAGUUUCAAUAAGAACAGGAGAAGAAGAAGAAGAAGAAGAAGGCGUCCAUGAUGUUCUUGAAAGAAAGGAAUCUGUUGGGUGGUUUGGAGCUGUGACUAAUUUGGCUGCUGUUUUGCAAGAGAUGGAGGAAAUGGUGUUUAAGCUGAGUUGUGUUCUGUUUACAUAUUAUUAAUUUCAGUGUUAGCUUAUAUCAAUAAUACGUGAAGGUUUAAAGCAAGUUGUGCUAGUAAUCAUAACUGUAAACUUUUAUCAACUUUCUUUCACUUGUUAGAUUUACAUGCAUGCAUGUAUGUGUGUAUGAAUUUUAAUUAAAUUUACAAGUACACUCACUAUGGCUUCAUCAUA